CGAACGAGGAGUUUUCAGGCAUUUUCUGCGAAGUUAUUUCUUCUCUCCAUCUAUGAAAGCGUUUCUGCUGAAGAAAAUCCAGCAAAAUGGAAGUGAAGUUAAAGUUCUGAAUCAGAAUUUGUUACAGGCAUAUUUGGAGAGAUAUAAAACGUGGUCUAGUGUACCGGCUGGCGAUAUUUACUUCCAGCAGUUUUAUUUGCGACAUUUACUGAAAGCAGGCGGGACUGCUGAAGCUCUGAACCUGUUCGCUAACUUAGAAUGGAUCCUCCAAAAGUGCUCUUCUACUCAUUCCAAGUGUUUCGUCUCAGAUCUCAAUCGGCUCAUUAAAGCAACUAAACUAGAAGAACGGGAACCCCUGGAGCAGCUCCUCAAGAUCGUCCAGAAAUCAAUCUCGAAUCAGUCUUCCGUAUCCAAUCAUCAACAAAUGCUACUUGCCUAUAUCGUGUCAUCUUUUUCCAACAAAAUCAAUAAACGGGGGUCAAUAUUUUCCAGAUUUUUCGAGUCAUUGCCGGUAGUUUUGAACAAUGAUAACUUUUGGGUUCUGCCGCUGAAUAGUUCAAUAGUAGACAGCGUGCUUUUAACGACAUCUGAAAUCGAGUAUCUGCCUUUGAAUUCCAAAGUCUUGUUGUGCGAUUCGAGUUCACUUAUUAUUUCUGCAGACGUAAGCUCGUUGAUAGUUGUUAAUCGUCAAUCUCUAGAGUUAGAAUCGCGAUUGGAAUUUAUGACAGAUUCUUUGAAUAUAGCGUUCAUUUCGCAUUUCAAAGACAAGGAGUUUAAUGUUGUCACAAAAGACUGCGUGCAAUACCGAGUAAAUUUUGCGACGUCUCAAAUUUCUGAGGUCGCACUUAUUCAUGAAAACGGACCCAUUGUCAAAUUUCACCAGAUAUUUGAUAAAUUUGUGAUUGUAUCAGUGCAUGAAGAUUUUGUAUUGAAUGUUUGGUGCUCGAUAACUUUUCAACUUUUCGCGUCUGUAAGUCUGAAAUCAGGUCAAAUUUUGGAUUCGACGUUGAGUCCAAGCAUAGUCAAACUGUCGUAUGCGAUAACGGAGUCGGAUACUGUAGUUUUUAGUACGAUUCUCAAUUGGGAUUCGGAGCCCCAAUGUAUAGUGUAUGAGUACGACUGUGACAGUAUGGAACUGGAAAAGAGAGCGGCCACAAUUGCCAUGAACUGUCCCAUGGACUUUGCCGCGCUCAGCACAAGUUGUGACUUGAUUGUCUGUUUCACAGGAGGCGACAUUGUGGAUCUUUACAGCAUUGGGUCGGAGACUUAUAUGAAGACAACUUGGGCAGCGUCCAUUUCGAAGCCUCAGUUCUUCCACAGAACCAAACGUGGCAUCUACUUAUUUGCAGACGAACAUGGCCAGUUGGAGGUUUGCUCGCUAGAGGGCGAAGCACAAAUAACCACCAUGUGGUCACAUAAUCUACCGCUCACUUCGAAAAUUUCACAGCUGUUUGUCGGCGCCGAUGAUGAUACGUUAUGUUUCAUGUCGAAUACAGAACAAUUCAAUUCGUGCUCAUUCUUCCAACUGUCCAAAGUUAUGAGCACGUGCAUGUCAGAUAACCCGAACAGUCCAGUAGUUGCAAUAAACCGAGUCUCGUCGGGGGGCAAGAAAUCAAGUAAUCAGCAGUCUUACCUAAGCGGAGAUGGUUCUUUGAUUUACACGAUCGGUCAAAAGAGAAUCAUUUGUGAAGCCACCGAUACUCUAAACCCUGUUCAAAUUUACAGUCUCAGUGAGCCAGUUGUAAAAAGUUGCUUCGUAGAUGAAGUUUUCAGUGCUUUAUUCGUGUUUUUCGAAAAUAAAACUUUUGUGGUUCUCAAGUGUCCGUCAUUCGAGACAGUUUUGGAGUCAACAUGUAGUUCAAACCCAAUUUACUCGUUUUUCCGAGAACAUCUUUUGGUUCUGAUUUUCGAAGAUAUCAUAGAAAUUUGGGACUGCAACAUUCAGAAAAAAGUGUUGAUCAAUAUCGGCAUCGGGUUAGCAGUGAAUGAUGCUUAUAUAGAAGACGAUAAAUUGUACAUUCUAUUGUCAAACGCGAGCGUCAAGGUUAUUAACUUACAAGACAUGACUUGGGACGUUUUGGACCCAGUGUCUUUGCAGCCGAAUACUUUCAUUGUCAAAUCAUCUAGUCUUAACGAUUGCUAUGCUGCACAACUUAUAAAUAACCAGUUGAGGAUUAUACCUGUAUUUUCUCAGAAUAGAUUAUGCUCAACAGUUCCGGUGAUUGACUCAAAGCGAUAUGUCUUCCUUCAUUUUCAAGCUCUGCCUUCAAAUAAGUUUGCGAUGUUACUAAACGAUACUUCUAAAUUUCAACUUGUAGUUAGAAUUUUGUUUCUGAAUGAGAAAGAAGCAGUGAUGCUAGAAGUCUCGUCUGAUUACAUAUCAUAUGAAAGUUUUCUCGAAGAAAGAGAAUUUAUAAGCAACGCGAUGUCGUUCAAUUGUUCUUUCGACGCAAAAAGUCUGAUGUGCUUAUCGAACCGGAACGAAAUUUGCAUCUAUUCCCAAAACGAAACUCGAAAAAAGUGGACAAAUUUAUCAAAAUUGUUGGGAUCAAAGUUCUGUUUUUCACAAGCUCUUUUUGUGUCAAAUUCUACAAUGUUUGCAUCGGGAAAUGACGCGAGCUUUUAUCUUUAUGAUGUAAACUCAACAAAAGUUAGUUCACGAGUUACGUUACCCGAUGCAGGGCCCCUCUGUAUGACAGAAGUGUACAGUAGCAAUAAUGGGUUCACAUUGGUAAUUACGAGCGAUGUGAAUGGGCUAUUCAUGUUCUGGCGUCUGAACGAGAAUUGUGAAACCUUAAACCUCAUUCACAAACGUGAACAUUCAUCGGUGUUCAAAUCUGAUUCGAUACCGUAUUUUGGAAUCCUAAACACGACGAUAUAUUUCAUAUGUCUAACUACAGACGACAACGCUUUGGUUUGGACAAUAGAAUCCGACACUUUCGAAGUGUCACUCUGCGACCAAUGCCAAUCGCCGGUGUCAUCAUUAACUGUUUCACUGGACAUUGAAAAUUACUCCAUGUCAUUCUUGCGCGAUGAUUUCUCCUUGAGAUCUCUUGACAUCGAAUCAGACUCCUGGUCGGAGAACCAAGAGGGUUCAGAGAGGUUCUUGAUGUUCCGAAAGCGACAUCGGUUCCUCGGAACUUCAGGACUGGUUGUAUCAGUUGGUGAAUGCAGUGGAACUGUGGAUAUAUGGGAUUCGAUUAGUCACCGUUUGUGCAUGUCGUUGGGCACUAAGUUUGACCUGAUUUCGGGAACUUUGAAUGAUUCUGGCCUAGGCCAGGAGGCACAUCAGGGUCUGGUGGACUUGAAGGUUCUGAAUGAAAAGUGUCUGAUCUUCAUCGGCUAUAAACAUCUACUUGAGGUUUGGGAAUACAACGAAGAAGCCUUGUUGUUAGACACAUCAGAUGACGGCGGUGCAUCUGACCACCAUGCCAGUAGGCCGAAAGUUAGACUGAGUCUGCCAUUCGAACUGACUGCAGUCGUCGUAUGUUCCGACACUCACUCUGUCUUCGCCCUAAUCGACUCAAAAGGAGGCCAUCAUUUGAUGGAAUUGUACAAUAAACAGCUGACCAAUGAAAAUGCUGACACUAAAGCGAAGUCGUUCUACUGCUCCAAAUUAGAAAUUAAUUAGGUUAUAGUAAUAACUGAUUGUUGAUUAGAAGAUAAUGUAAAUAAUAUCGUGUAUGGAAUGAAUAAAUAAAAAAUUCUACUUAAUUUGAAAUAAUUUAGCUAUUGCUCUUUUAUCACGAUUAGGGCGGUUUAUCCACAAGGGAAAGGACCAACACAGCAGAUGUUCAGCUCUUCACAGAGAACCGCUGUUGUGCCCCUGGUUAAGAUCUACAGGCAAUUUUUUGCCUAUUUAUUGUGGGAUGGGUAAUGUUCCCUAAAGCAACGAG